UUAUCAGCACUUGGCUCCGCUCCGCACCGCACCAACCAAACCAACAACGAAGGGGAAACAUGAGCGAGCAUUAAACUCUGGUUCGUGCUGCGGCGCUCUCUCUCUGCCCGCUUCCCAUAUACUACUCGAGGCCGUGGUACGCGAUCGCGCGUACGCCACGCCGCGCGCUUCUCGCUCUCCACUCGUCGUAGCUCGAGCUUCUUCUUGCAGCAGAUAGAGCGAGCCCAGCUGCGUCAUCGUCACCGUCGCUGCGUCUGGGCGAGAGAGGAGGAGGGAGGAAGGAGAGAGAGAGAGAGAGAGAGAGAGAGAGAGAGAGAGAGGAGGUAGGGCGAGAUGGCUACCGAGCUGGGCGUCAAGGCGGCGCCGUUCACGUACGUGGCGCACGCGCUGGCCGUCGUGGCGGCGGUCAUGGUGCUCGUCUGGUGCAUCAGCUUCCGGGGCGGCUUGGCGUUCGAGGCGGACAACAAGAACCUCAUCUUCAACGUUCACCCUGUUCUUAUGCUGAUUGGGUACAUUAUCCUCGGUAGUGAAGCCAUAAUGAUCUACAAGAUAUUCCCAAAGCUGAACCACGACACAACCAAGCUGAUCCACCUGAUCCUCCACGCCAUCGCGAUUGUUCUUGGCGCUGUCGGAAUCUACUGCGCGUUCAAGUUCCACAACGAGAGUGGGAUCGCCAACCUCUACAGCCUGCAUUCCUGGCUUGGGAUCGGGACGAUCUCGCUGUACGGCAUUCAGUGGAUAUUUGGAUUCGCGGCGUUCUUCUUCCCCGGCGCGGCGCCGCACGUCAGGCGCGGGGCGCUGCCAUGGCACGUGCUGUUCGGGCUGCUCGUCUACGUCCUGACUCUGGCGACGGCGGAGCUCGGGCUCCUGGAGAAGCUGACCUUCCUCCAGAGCUCCGGCCUCGACAAGUACGGCGCGGAGGCGUUCCUGGUGAACUUCACGGGGUUGGUCGUCGUGUUGUUCGGCGCCGCUGUCGUUGUGGCCGCCGUCGCCCCGGUUCACGUCGAAGAAGAACCCGAGGGCUAUGCUCCGAUUCCGGUAAAUUAGUUCCGUUUGCUGGCCAUAUAGAAAUGAUCGUUACUACCACGAAAAUCUCAGGUGUAACAGAAGAAUUUACAUGUCGAUUUGUGUGCAUCGGAUGGACGAUUCUGUUUGAUAAUCGAACACUGUUCAGGAAAUUAAUUACAUUUACUAGAGUGAAUGUACAUAGCUACCGAGUCCAAUAAUGAUUCAACUAUAUAUCUUGCAAAA